GGGCCGGAGCGCGGCUGCGGGUGCGGUGGCGGAGGGGACAGGAGGGGAGGCGGCGCGUCCCCGGAGGCGUGCGCAAGGACAGAUCGACGGACGGACGCGUGGAGGGAGUGGGCUGGGGGCAAGGUAUCUGCUGGCAUUGUGGGACCGCCGCAGGGCUGCCGAACGCCAACUUGCUUCGUGUGUCCUGGGCAGGUCCGGGGCAGGUGGCAGCUCUGUGACCUACCAUCAUGGAUGGAGACGGACUUUUUGAUGAAGAACCCAGAACGGUCGGUGCCAGCCAAGGCGAUUUGGCUGUCAAAGUCUUUGACAAAACCUGCCCCGUUCUCUUUGGGGAAUCCGAAUGAGGGAGAUUACAGGCACCUUCACUGUGAAGCCAAGGACAUUUCUGUAUAAUCAGUGGAUGAAAGGAUUUUUCUCAGACUCGUCUUUUCCCUUUGCUUGAGGGAUUAAUCCACAGCAUUCCUCACUUGCAGUGGAAACCUCAAGGCACACAAUGUGACAGAAGCCUAGAAAGCCUUCGGAAUUGUUCUGGACCCUUCUUUUGGCAUAGGGGAGUUUAACACAUGCCACCCACCGCCCCUCCCCCCAACUCCUGCCUGCUGUUUUCUUCUCUUUAACCUGUUUUCAUUUUCUUAGUGAAGUUCUGUUUCCAAAACUGCCUUCUGGAGCUGUAAGUGCAUUGUCAGAAAUGAGAGAUUAAGUGCUGGGAGAAGAGGAAGCGCUCGUGUUGUGUCUCCUCUCUGCUGCCGACAUGAAGUGCUUUUCCCCAGUGCUGAGCUGUCUGGCUGUGCUGGGUAUAGUGUCAGCCCAGCGGCAGGUUGCUGUCCAGGAAGGACCCUUGUACCGCAUGGAGGGCUCCCACAUCACCAUCUGGUGCAACGUGAGUGGCUACCAGGGACCUUCUGAGCAGAAUUUCCAGUGGUCUGUUUACCUGCCCUCUGCCCCAGAGCGUGAGGUCCAGAUCGUCAGCACUGUGGACGCUUCAUUCCCUUACGCCAUCUAUACCCAGCGUGUCCGCACUGGGAAGAUCUAUGUGGAGAGAGUCCAGGGAAACUUGGCCUUAUUGCACAUCACUGAUCUUCAGGCCCGGGAUGCUGGGGAAUAUGAAUGCCACACACCCAACACGGACGAGCGGUACUUCGGGAGUUACAGUGCCAAGAUGAACCUUGUGGUGAUCCCAGACUCUCUGCAGACCACCGCCAUGCCCCAGACUCUGCACAAAGUGGAGCAGGACCCUCUGGAGCUCACUUGUGAAGUGGCCACGGAGACGUUCCAGCACAGCCACCUAUCGGUGGCCUGGCUCCGGCAGAGUGACAGUGAGAAGUUCGUGGAGGUCAUUUCCCUGAGCCGAGAUUUCGUGCUUCACUCCAGCAGUGAAUAUGCCCAGAGGCAGAGCCUUGGGGAGGUGCGGCUGGACAAGCUGGGGAGCACCACCUUCCGUCUCAUCGUCUUCCACCUGCAGCCUUCCGACCAGGGCGAGUUCUUCUGUGAGGCUGCUGAGUGGAUACAGGAUCCCGAUGGCUUGUGGUAUGCCAUGACCAGAAAGCGAUCUGAGGGAACCGUGGUCAACAUCCAGCCCACUGACAAAGAGUUCACCGUGAGGCUGGAGACAGAAAAGCGGCUGUAUACGGUGGGUGAGCCGGUGGAGUUCCGAUGUAUCCUGGAGGCUCAGAAUGUUCCUGAUCGUUACUUUGCUGUGUCCUGGGCCUUCAACAGCUCACUUAUUGCCAGCAUGGGGCCAAACGCGGUGCCGGUCCUCAACAGUGAAUUUGCUCAUCGAGAAGCCAGGGGCCAGCUUAAAGUGGCCAAAGAGAGUGACAAUGUCUUUGUGCUGAAGAUCUACCACCUCCGCCAGGAAGACAGCGGCAAAUAUAACUGCCGUGUGACGGAGAGAGAGAAAACCAUCACUGGGGAAUUCAUCGACAAGGAGAGCAAGCGUCCCAAGAACACCCCUAUCAUAGUCCUCCCCAUCACAGAUAACUGGGUAGUUAAAGUCCCCCAGCACCACCAGAUCCUGCCCAAAGGCCACUUGGAGAGCACCAUCUCCGUGGAGGUGGCCAGCAAUGCCAGCGUCAUCCUUGAGGGCGAGAACCUGCACUUUUCCUGCAGCAUCCGCACGGCAGGCAGGCCGCAGGGCCGCUUCUCUGUCAUCUGGCAGCUCGUGGACAGGCAAAACCGCCGCAGCAAUAUCAUGUGGCUCGACCGGGAUGGCACCGUACAGCCUGGCACAUCCUACUGGGAGCGCAGCAGCUUUGGGGGUGUCCAGAUGGAGCAGGUGCAACCCAGCUCAUUUAGCCUGGGCAUCUUCAACAGCAGGAAAGAGGACGAGGGCCAGUAUGAAUGCCACGUGACCGAAUGGGUACGGGCAGUGGAUGGCGAGUGGCAGAUCGUGGGGGAGCGUCGGGCCAGCACCCCCGUCUCCAUCACGGCUCUCGAAACAGGCUUCACUGUCACAGCCAUCUCCCGCACGCCAGGGGUGACCUACAGCGAGUCCUUUGACUUGCAGUGCAUCAUCAAACCCCAUUACCCAGCGCGGGUCCCCGUGUCAGUGACAUGGCGGUUCCAGCCAGUGGGCACUGUUGAGUUCCAUGACCUGGUGACCUUCACCCGGGACGGAGGGGUCCAGUGGGGGGAUAGAUCCUCCAGCUUCCGAACCCGAACGGCCAUUGAGAAGGCUGAGUCCAGCAACAACGUCCGCCUGAGCAUCAGCCGAGCCAGUGAUACGGAGGCGGGCAAGUACCAGUGUGUGGCGGAGCUGUGGAGGAGGAACUACAACCACACCUGGACACGGCUGGCCGAGAGAACCUCCAACCUGCUGGAGAUCAGGGUGCUGCAGCCAGUAACAAAGCUGCAGGUGAGCAAAUCCAAGCGGACCUUGACCCUGGUGGAAAACAGGCCCAUCCAGUUGAACUGCUCAGUCAAGUCUCAGACCAGCCAGAACUCGCACUUUGCUGUGCUCUGGUACGUCCACAAGUCCUCGGAUGCCGACGGCAAACUCAUCCUCAAAACCACCCACAACUCGGCCUUUGAGUUCGGCACCUAUGCUGAGGAGGAGGGCCUGCGCUCCAGGCUCCAGUUUGAGAGGCAUGUGUCUGGGGGCCUGUUCAGCCUCACCGUCCAGAGAGCCGAGGUCAGUGACAGUGGCAGCUACUACUGCCACGUGGAGGAGUGGCUGCUGAGCCCCAACUAUGCCUGGUACAAGCUGGCAGAGGAGGUUUCAGGGCGCACUGAGGUCACCGUGAAGCAGCCAGAUAGCCGCCUAAAGCUCAGCCAGGCGCAGGGGAACCUAUCAGUUCUGGAGACACGGCAGGUGCAGCUGGAGUGUGUGGUGCUGAACCGCACCAGCAUGGCCUCCCAGCUCAUGGUGGAGUGGUUUGUGUGGAAGCCCAACCACCCAGAGCGGGAGACUGUGGCCCACCUGAGCCGCGAGGCCACCUUCCACUAUGGAGAGCAGGCAGCCAAAAAUAACCUGAAGGAGCGGCUGCAUUUAGAGAGUCCUUCCCGUGGUGUGUACCGGCUCUUCAUCCAGAAUGUGGCAGUGCAGGACAGUGGGACCUACAGCUGCCGCGUGGAGGAAUGGCUUCCGAGCCCCAGUGGUGAGUGGUAUAAACGGGCAGAGGACACUGCUGGGCAGACGGCCGUUACAGUCAUGAGACCAGAUGCUGCCCUGCAGGUGGACACAGUGGUCCCCAAUGCCACGGUGUCUGAGAAGGCAGCUUUCCAGUUGGACUGUAGCAUUGUGUCUCGCUCAAGCCAGGAUUCCCGCUUUGCUGUGGCCUGGUAUUCCCUGAGGACUAAACCUGGAGGAAACGGAGGCAGCCCUGACCUGGAAGAACAGGAGGAGGACGGGGAGGUGGAGGAGGAAGAGGACCCAACAGAGCGGAUGCCCCUGUUGAGCGUGGGCCCAGACGCUGUCUUUGGCCCAGAGGGCGGCCCCUGGGAGGGCAGGCUUCGCUUCCAGAGGCUCUCCCCCUUGCUCUACCGGCUCACAGUGCUGCAGGCAAGCCCCCAAGACACAGGUAACUACUCCUGCCACGUGGAGGAGUGGCUGCUCAGCCCUCAGAAGGAAUGGUACCGGCUGACAGAGGAGGAAUCAGCUCCCAUCGGCAUCCGUGUUCUGGAUUCAAGUUCCACCCUGCAGUCUGUCAUCUGCUCCAACGAUGCACUCUUCUACUUCAUCUUCUUCUACCCUUUCCCCAUCUUCGGCAUCCUCAUCAUCACCAUCCUGCUGGUGCGCUUCAAGAGCCGGAACUCCAGCAAGAACUCCGACGGGAAGAAUGGGGUACCUCUGCUGUGGAUCAAGGAACCACACCUCAACUAUUCCCCCACUUGCCUGGAGCCCCCUGUGCUCAGUAUCCACCCAGGAGCCAUAGACUAAGGGGGCCCAAGGGGAUGUCGGCCAUGGAGGAGCUGAGAUGCUCCUUGCUGCCUCUUACUCUGUGAUCAGACAGCGGAUGGCACCUUAACGGUGGAGUGCUCUUACAGAAAAUUGAUAGACUUGAGUGAGGUGCUCAGAGUCCCCAGAUCAAUCAGAGACAGACUGCCUCUAGGUGGCAGUCGUGGUUGCUUAGCUGUUUCCAAGCAGAUGUCUUUAUCCUAAGGAAUUAGAUUUCUUGUUUUUGCUUUUGGUAAUGUAGUGAGUAGCACCAGGUGGCCACAUCUACUCACUGGUUUAUAUAGUAUUCGCAAAUAGAUGUUACAGGGGUUCUUAUUCUUUGUAAUGGACUCUUUUUUAAAUCCCUUUGGUUUACACUUUCUGGAUUCCAUAAUGUUAUGGACGAAUUUCUCAUACAUGUAACUGAUAACAAAAGGAAGGACAUGCUUUAUAUAAUACAAAGGAAUCUCUUCCAAGACUUUUUGUUUUGCACACUUGAAAAUGAUACCCAUGGAUCAAAAUAUACCCAAACAUUUUUUUACUUUGUUAAUAAGACUUGAAAAUUAUGUGCAGUGUGGGCCCGUUUUGUAUCUUAUCUUUUCCCACAGCUGGAGUUGUUGGAACCACUUUGUAGUCAAGAUGAAAGCAUUGAAAAUUGCUUCAAAGAACUGUGUAUGUACAAGAGAAACCCUGCAUAUACCCCAUUAGGAGUGGAUGGUGCCCAACCAGCCUGUCUAUCAGGGAAGCAAAAAUAGGCUUUAUCCUAGCCUUGCCAAAAAAUAAGAAAACUUUGGAGAACAAGUCAAAAGCUCCAGAAUGCAUACACUUUGCAAGCUAAAGUGAGCAGAGGGCUGCUUUUAACAGCCACUGACUUUCAGAUUGAUCAAAGCCAAUGAUUAGUAAAGGAAGGGAAAAAGGCUAGCUGUUGAGGCUAGCUGUUGGCUUGAUCUGUUCUGCAACUGGUAACUGUGAGCAAGCAGGCUUUUAUUUUUAAGGUGCUUUGUCAGAUUCUAAGGGACAGUGGCCAUUGAGCCUGGAAAGGGGACAGCACCGAGCUGGACUCCUGGGGCCCGAGCAGCCAUCAUAUAUACCGUGGGAGGGCACUGGGGCCAGCUGACAGCUAAAUUCCUUGAUGAGUUGGGACAGUCAGAGGUGGGAGGGGGAUUUCCAGAGCCUGACUUUGAAGAGUGGGGAGAAAUAACUGCCUCCCAGGAGGUAUGAAGACUAGGUUUUUCUUCUUCCUUCCAAUUAGAUUUUCCUCAAAGAUACUGAUGUUUUUAUUAUUCACCAUUUUUCUCUCCCUGCAUCUCACUGCCAGAAGAAUAUCUGCCCAGAGGAGGUCCAGACACAGCCUUCAUAAUCCUUUUGUAUUACUGAGUCUCAGCAGAAAGUGAUCACAUGCUGGUGUAGGUUUUUUACCCUUCUAUUUCUUAGCUCUCAUUUGUGGUUUUAGGUAAUUUGGUUGUUCACUGUUAUGACAGCUUUUUAUUUGCCCCUUAAAACCUACAAGGGCCAAUGUCACUCUGUCAUGUUACACUAUUGGGCAAAAUGCUUGGCUCCCCUGGAGCAUCACUGACUGCAAGGGCUUCCUUUUGACCACUCCCUGAAGAUGUUCCUAUGCCCUGCUUUCCCAUGUUUUGCUAGCCAAAAGUGCCAUCACCUUUUCCCUACAAACUUGCAUCUUGCAUCCCAAGGGAGUUCCCCAUUUGGAAAACACCACAGAUUCUAGAACUAAAAUCUAACCAGAGAGACUGCUGUGAAACCCUGUUCUGAGACUGAACAGACUGCAGGGGAAGCUGUGGGAUUCCCCGGGCCUGUGGGCACUGACCCUCAUCAGGGUCUGGGGCUGUGCAGGUGGCUUGGGUGCUUGGCAAACGCAGUGCUGGGCCAUGGCGGAGGAGAAGCAAGGUGACUGCUCAGCUGUUUUCCGACAGGCUUAGUAGACCUGCCUUUUCCUCCAGACACACCAGUACACUCUGAUGAGAUGGGGUGUAGGCACCGCCACUUAAUCCUGCUGGUGCCUAAUAUGCUCAUUGUCAUAUUAUGCUGUGUCAGCGCUUUAAGGUACAGAAUCAUUCAGUUCAGUGGCGUGGGAAGAAGGCAGUCUUUUGCUCCAUUUCUUUAUUUCAGGGGUGUGGGCUUUCAGUGGGAAAUUGCUGACCCCUCAUUUAUAGACUGAGUGAGUGAGGGGAGAUGACUGACUUUUCCUUUGAAUGGAAAGAUGCCAGCAGGCUGGCUGGGACUGGGGUGUGAAACUAAGAUUUGAGUUUGAAUUGGCUCACAGCUGUGAAAAGUACGUGCUGCACGUAAUUAAAUAUGUGAAGCAGUUGGAGGAGAUGUAAAAGGAAAAAAACCGAAGCCAGUAUUUGAAUAAUUCUUUUUUCUGUGUAUUUCUAUUGGACUUGGGGAUACCUUUAAAGGUGUGAGCUUUUCAGCUUUCUGUGAAAAUCCCUAGACCUUUGGCCAUUUCUAAGGAAAUGCGGUGUCAGACGAAUGGUAAUGGUGCCCCCCAGUGGCUGGGAGACCUCAUUGCACAAUGCCUACCAGAGCUUGAGUUGGCUGAGACCCGGAGAGGAAAACUGCCAACUACUCUCACUUAGCUACAUACCUGAUACUGCAUUAGUGAAAAAACUACACUGUGCAAGGCCCAUUCCAGGAAAUGGAUGUGACCACACCCUCUUUCACCAGGGUGUUUCUGUAGCAAGUUUUCAUAUUCUUUUCGAACAAUGGUUUCUCUGCGUUAAUUCUUGAAGAAAAAUAGGUGGGAGAAGAAAACCACCAAUGCAUGAUGUAGAGAGCUGUUGAUUUGUUUUUAUUUGUUGUUUUUUUUUAAAGGAAAACUAUUUGUAAAAUGUUGCACUAAAAUGUUUUAUAUACACUUCAGAGACCUGUAGUAAAUUAUGUUGAAAAUA